GAGUUGUGCGUAUGGGCAGGGCAAUCGGUUUUGGUCCAGAGCUCGACAGGUCGUCAGCUCUCUGCCUUUGCGAUAUCGGUGGAGCUGGACGUGGAGAGAGCUCGACCAGCUUAACGACACCUCGUCGUUCUGUUUACAGAGAAGUUUCCAAGCCAUCAAAAGUACAGACGGCAGACCCGGUCAUUCACAGCAGCAGAAAGAGCCAGCCAAAAUAUCCAAAAAUCAAGAACAUAACAUAACAAAGAUGCAAUUAACACGCGCCGCCCAAAAACCCUCCACUCCCUCUCGCCAACCCACAGAGACAUUCACUGGCUCUGUACACAUGGAUCCAAUCUUCACUGCUGAAGACUGCAUGGGCAACAACGUCUGCUUCACGCCUGGUGCAAGGACUUACUGGCAUACUCACGAGCGCGGACAAAUCCUGACUGUGACCAUCGGCGAAGGAUUGAUUUGUAGUAAAGGCGAGAAGCCACGGAGAUUGCAAGUCGGCGAUGUAGUGCAUAUUCCGGCGGGUGAGACGCAUUGGCAUGGUGGAACGAAGACGACGAUGAUGGCGCAUCAGGCUAUUAGUCUGGGAAAGACCUCGUGGCAUGAAGAAUUGGACCAGAAGGAGUAUGAGGAGGCUGACAAGACCGCAACCUGAUGGAGUGUGUUGAAAUGUCGUGCAAAGCAGGACAUGUUGCUGGAUAAGAUCAAUCAUGCAAUUCCAUUCUUCAAAGGAUCCACCGCGAUUGCGUACGUGGAGGAGUCAAACCAAUCGCCAGAUUGGAUCGGCAGGAGCGACUGCAUCGCAAAGCCAGCAGUGAUAAACUAGUUGCGA